UGGUGGUAACUAAUAAUCAGUCAAUAUACUACUCACACUCUUGUACAUAUUGAAAUAUACUCCCACCUUCCGAAAAUAAGAUUCUCUAUAUUUUUUGUUCCAUAAUAUAUAUAUUUAAGGUAUUUUAUAUAUUUUUAAAAACAUUAAAUGAGAAUAUUUAAAUUAAUUAAAUGUUAUUGAUUGGUAAUCACCAAAAGUGUAUAAUUAAAGUAAAAAAAAUAUUUAUUGAACGGAGGGAGUAGUAAUUGCGUGUAUUGCCGGUAUUGAAAGUUAAUAAAGUGACUAAUUAAGUUGAUAAGGUUUUACCAACUGUCGAUAACGCAUUGGUCAAGUCUAUUCUCCUAAUUAUUGUUUUAAGUAAUAUCAAGUCUGCUAAUUACUUAAGAGUUAAGAAGGCUAAAAAUAAGGUACUUGACAUGUAGUUUACUCACUAUAAAUAUAGAACUAACUCAGAAGUAGUACAACUCACAUUAUUGAUUAUAAAGAAGGUUUGAACACUUUCUUGUCUUCAUUUAGUUUAAUUACAACAGCAAACAUGUCCGACCCAAGCUUUCCUGUGCCGACUUCGUUUCAAGUGUCCAAUGAUGGUAGCCAAGUGGAAGAGAAGAAAACAGGUUACCUCAACUAUGAAGUAGAGCCUGGCUUCACCAUUCGUCUGCGUCAGAAUAUCGACCCUGCUAUGGACCCGAAGAAGCUCAAACGCAUAGUUUCGAACCGUGUUGCGGCUCAGAAGUCAAGGUGGAAGAAGCUUCAAUAUAUUGAUGAUCUAGUGAAGAAAUCGAGGGACCUCAAUUGGCAGGUGAGUAUGCUGCGUUCCCAAGUAGAGAUGGCGAGUGAGCAGAAGCAAUGUCUCGAACGUGAGAAAAUGGAGCUUAAGGAGUGCAUGGCUGGUUGGAUUCAACGCUUUAUCUCCGAUCAAGGAGAGAUUGAGGCAAACACAGCGGAGAUAGAGAGGCUGAAGAAGAAAAUGGCUCAUAUGAUUUGAUCACCCCAUGCACCUUAUCUCAAGAUCCACCCAAAUUUCAUGUGUUUCAUUUUACAGAAUGUUCCUUUUGUCAAGUCAGUAAGCAAUAUACAUUAAUUAGUUUGUAUGGUUAUCAUUUAUGUUUCGAUGUAUCUUCUUCCGUUAUAAGAAUUGUUAAACAAAGUCAACUUGACCGCAUUAUUAAUGUUUACUAUA